AUGUGCCGCCUCAUGAUGUUCACGCGCACCUUCGGCCUCUACCUCUCCAGCUUCGUGCUCAUCUGCAUCGCUGUUGAUAGUGAUGACGCGUGGGCGGGUCCCGUGCAGUGGCUGGCCGGCGACCUCAUGUGCCGCCUCAUGAUGUUCACGCGCACCUUCGGCCUCUACCUCUCCAGCUUCGUGCUCAUCUGCAUCGCUGUUGAUAGAUACUACGCCAUCUUGAAGCCUCUAAACGUGACUUGGGAGGCGAACGCGCGGCGCGCGCUGCACACGGCCUGGGUGUGCGCCGCGCUCGCCAGUCUGCCGCAAAGCUUCAUAUUCCACGUAGAGGAACAUCCAGAUGUCGCAGGAUAUUUCCAGUGCGUAUCGUAUGGCUCUCUGCCGACGGAGUCGCACGUGUUCGGCUAUUUCCUGCUGAAUAUGCUGCUGAUGUACCUGCUGCCCCUCGUGUCCACGCUCUACUGCUCGCUGGCCGCGCUGCUCGAGAUCAUACGCCGAGCCAACACCAGCAAUGGUGAGUUAAACAUGCUGCUGAUGUACCUGCUGCCACUCGUGUCCACGCUCUACUGCUCGCUGGCCGCGCUGCUCGAGAUCAUACGCCGAGCCAACACCAGCAAUGGUGAGUUAAACAUGCUGCUGAUGUACCUGCUGCCGCUCGUGUCCACGCUCUACUGCUCGCUGGCCGCGCUGCUCGAGAUCAUACGCCGAGCCAACACCAGCAAUGGUGAGUUAAACAUGCUGCUGAUGUACCUGCUGCCACUCGUGUCCACGCUCUACUGCUCGCUGGCCGCGCUGGUCGAGAUCAUACGCCGAGCCAACACCAGCAUGGUGAGUUAA